AUGACCGAAUCAAGCCAAUCCCCACUCUCCGGCCUCUGGAAGCCGACCCAUCUCCAGCAGCUCUUCUACGGCCCCGAUUGCGUAUCCAAGCAUUUGCUCGAGUGCCUUCCGAACGAGAACUCCAAGGCUUUCAUCAUUACCGGCUCCUCGCUCGCAAACAAGACGUCCCUCAUCAAGUCCGUCGAAUCACAAUUGGGAUCGAGACAUGCCGGCACCUUCUCGAAUAUCAAGCAACACGCUCCAGUAGCCGAGCUUGACAAAGCAACCAACGCCGUCCGCGAAGACAACAGCAUCGACACCAUCAUCAGUAUCGGAGGAGGCUCUCCCAUCGACAGCGCAAAAGCAAUCUCCUACCGCCUCAACGAAAAGUCCGGUCGUUUCCUGCACCACAUCGCCAUCCCUACCACCUUGUCGGCAGCAGAAUGCACCUUCAACGCUGGGUACACCGAANAGAAUGGACAAAAGACUGGCGUUGCGCAUCCCGAAUGUGCCCCUCAUGCUAUCCUCUACGACUCCAAGUUUGCCCUCGAGACACCUGAGAAACUGUGGAUGAGCACUGGACUGCGAGCGUUGGACCACGCAGUGGAAUUGCUAUACCAUCCCACAAGCACAGAGGUUCCUUGUCGCCAGAUGACUUUGGUGGCUGCCCACGACCUCUUCACCUACCUCCCUAAGUACAAGUCCAACCCCAAGGACGAGGAUACAAUCACCAAACUCCAAUUGGCGAGUUAUGCCUCUCUUGGCUUCUUGGGCUUGAAUGUCAAGGGCGGGCUUGGACUCAGUCAUACCCUUGGCUAUGCCCUCGGUUCUCCCUACAGUAUUCCUCAUGGCAUAACUUCUUGCAUGACUCUAGGCCACGUAGUAAAACUCAAAGCAUCCACCGACGCCUCUGCAGCUUCCCAACUUUCUCGUCUGUGUCCUUUUGUUGGAGUCACCAAGACAGGAGAUGAUCAANAAGACGCUCAAGCUGUUGGAGAUGCAAUUCUCAAACUUGUAGAGGAGUUGGGCUUGAAGAGUACGUUGACGGAGUAUAAGGUUGACGAGAGCGAGGCACACACGAUUACAAAGACUGCUACCAGGGCUGAGAGUGGAGAGUUGUAUGAUAGGGUUAUGAAGCUUGUCAAGGGGCUUUGGUGA